AUGUCAAGGACCACCACUGGCGAUGAUGACGAUGAGGACGCUGGGGAGGGCGCACACCAUCUCAUCCCUAAACUGAUGCACAACGCAUAUCGUCGGCGAGGGUUCACGCGGGCAGAGCUGGCGCAAACCACGUCCAUCUGUCGCCCUUGUCACAAUGCCGUGCACAGAGCAGAGCCGCACGCCAGCCUGGCAGCAAACUACAACACUGCGGAGAAGCUGCGGGAGCACCCUGAGAUUGCAAAGUGGGUCGAGUUUGCGGCAACACAGCGCAAGGGCGGUCGAUGGGACCACGCCGUGAUGGUGUCGGAUACCCAAUACGCAAAGGCAAAGCGAAGAAUGAAGGCACAAUGA